AUGGCGACUGAAACGAUUUCUCCACUCACCGACGCGAUUCCUUCCACCGAUGCAACGAAUUCAUCAAGUCAUGUUCGUUCUGAGGUUGAGAAUCCAUCGUCACCUUUCUUCCUUCAUCAUUCCGACAACCCAGGGCUUGUCCUAGUUUCGCAAUUGCUCACCGGUGACAAUUAUAACUCUUGGAGUCGUGCUAUGAAGAUUGCUCUUUCUGUUAAGAACAAAUUGGGAUUUAUUGACGGUUCAAUCCCUAAACCUAGUGGAAACAAUGCUGUGCUUUUGGCUUACUGGACCAGGAACAACGACAUCGUUAUUUCGUGGAUCUUGAAUUCUGUCUCAAAGGACAUUUCAGGAAGUAUUCUGUAUUCUGAAUCUGCUCUGGAAAUAUGGAUCGAACUCCGAGACCGCUUUCAACAGAGCAAUGGACCACGGAUCUUCCAGCUUCGCCGCGAUUUGAUCAAUUUGGCUCAAGAUCAGACCUCUGUAAGUGUCUAUUUCACUAAACUCAAGUCUAUUUGGGAAGAACUUAGCAAUUUUCGUCCUUCCUGCAAUUGUGGGAAGUGUAUCUGUGGCGGUGUUCGUAAUCUUGCAUCGUAUUAUCAAAUGGAGUACACCAUGGCUUUUCUCAUGGGACUCAAUGACUCAUUUGCACAAGUCCGUGCUUAA